AUGGACGGCCUCGACGAAUUCGAAAAGGCCCUUGCCGCAGAGAAGGGAGAGAAGGAGCGCAUUGAACGCGAAAAAGAAGAGCGCAGACAGAGGAAGAAACACCGACAUCAUCACCACCGCGACAGGUCAUCCGACAGACGGGGAGAACGAGAUAGCCAGAGAGGAAGUCACAGAGAGCGUGAUCGUGACCUGGAACGCGACCGAGACCGUGAUCACGAAAGACAUCGCCAUCAAAGAUCGCGACGGCACGAUGGAGACGAGGAGGAUGGACACAGGCAUAAGCGAUCUCGCCAUUCAAAGGACGACGAGGAGCGACGAUCAAGACACAGACAGAAGGAUAGAGACGAUGGAAACGGCGGAGAAAGGCAUGAAAAGACCUCGGAUCCCAAGGAGGACUUGCCGAUACCCGACGAGGAAGCUACACCACCGGAAGCGAAGGCUGCAGACCCACCGUUGGUCCGCGAUAGCUGGAUGACUGCCCCGUCAGCCCUCGACAUCGACUAUGUUCAGCGCAAAAAGGAGGAGGCCAAGCCGCCACCCAAAGAGGAACCGGUUAGAGUCAUCCAUGACAGGGAAAUCAACAGAGACUUUGGGGACCUGAGUAACAUUACGACCCUGGAUGAAAAGCUCCCACCGACGGAGAGAACCGUCAGUUACAAGUUUGGUGACAACGGCUCUCAGUGGCGCAUGACCAAGCUCAAGGGUGUUUAUUCCAUGGCAGAGCAGUCUGGCCGAUCAGUCGAAGAUGUUGCUCUGGAGAGGUACGGCGACUUGCAAGAAUUCGACGACGCCCGGGAGGAGAAGAUUGAACUGGAGCGACGCAAGGUGUACGGCGAAGGGUACGUGAGCAAGGAGAAACCGACCGGGGACUUGUAUCGUGAGCGGCUGGAAAAGCACCGUGCCGAUAGGUCUGCUGAACGAGACCGGGCCGAACGAGAGCGUGCCGAAGAGUUUGAGCAGGGCACCGUCAUUCCCGACGAUGCCAUGCAGCACACCCCCAUGGACCAGACCGCACUGAACAGGCUGCGAGCGCAGAUGAUGAAGGCCAAGCUACGCAAGGCACCUGAUGCCGCCAAGCUGGAAGCCGAAUACAACCAAGCCGCGGCCAGCUUUGCCACUAACGGUCCGCAAUCGGUCGUUCUGGGUGUCAUGGAUAACAGGAUGCUGGCAGGAACUCGUGGCGAAGUUACAGCCAUAGAGAACAAGCGCGGCCGGGAGCGAGGGAAUGUGGAAGCGAACGAGGACAUGUCAAUCGAGGACAUGGUUCGCGAGGAGCGCAGAACACGCGGUCAGGCCGGCGGCGAGGGCAUGCGGCUUGCUGAGCGCAUUGCCAAGGACAGCAAGUUUGACAACGACCUCGAUUACAUGGACGAGAACGCAGACAAGCUUGCGAAGCGGGUGCACAAGUCCGAGGCCAACCUAAAGAACGUCGCCGUCAACGAUUACCAGAAGGUGUCACGGAUUCUGUCCAACUGCCCGUUGUGCCAUCAUGAGGAUAAGGGCCAACCGCCUCUGGCACCCGUCAUCUCCCUCGGCACCCGUGUCUUUUUGACAUUGCCCACGGACCCGGAGGUCAGUGAAGGCGGCGCAGUCAUCGUACCCACGGCACACCACAAGAACCUCUUGGAGUGCGACGACGACGAGUGGGAAGAGAUACGGAACUUCAUGAAAUCUCUCACCAGGAUGUACCACGAGAAGGGACAGGAAGUCAUCUUUUACGAAAACGCCGCAGCGCCGCAACGGCAUCUCCACGCCGCCAUGAUGGCCGUGCCGAUCCCCUACGAAGAGGGCGCCACGGCCCCGGCCUACUUCAAGGAGGCCUUCCUCACCACAGAUGACGAGUGGUCACAGCACCAAAAGAUCAUUGACACGGCCGCCAAGGCACGGGAUGGCAUGGGCAGAAUGGCGUUCAGGCGGAGCAUCGCGAAGGAGAUGCCAUACUUCCACGUGUGGUUCACACUCGACGGCGGCCUCGGUCACAUUGUUGAAAACUCUGACCGCUGGCCGCGGGGUGACCUCUUCGCAAGGGAGAUCAUCGGGGGCAUCUUGGACGUCGGCCCGGACGUGAUCAAGAAACAGGGACGGUGGAACAAGGGCGACCGUCGGGUCGAGGGGUUCAACAAGAAGUGGAGGAAGUUUGACUGGACCCGAGUCCUAGCCGAUGGUUAA